AUGGAUCAACUCAAAGGAGCCUUGAACAGCUUUACUGGUGGUGACCAAGAGCAGAAGCAACAAGUUCCCGGAGAACAGACCCAACAGGGCAGUUCCAGCGGAGGUGGCUUCCUGGGAGGUCUUGGUGACAAACUCAACUCGGCUGCUGGUGGUGGAAAAGAGAGUGAAAAGAACGAGGACUAUCUCGACAAGGGUGUUGAUUUCGUCCAAGAGAAGUUCCUUGGACAAGGACCACAAGAUAAUGAGAGUGCCGUCGAACAAGCCAAGGACGAACAGAUCAGUGACUUUAUCCGGAGCCAAUACAAGAGUGCGACCGGCAAAGACUUCCCCGUCAAGGACAAGGAAACCAAAUUCUAG